AUGACAUCAACGUUACGUUCGGCAGCCUCUGUACGUACUGGCGUUUCUGGAGGUGGACGAUCUGCUGGUCAAGUGUCAGGUGCAGCUCGUAAAACGGCACCAGUAGUAGCAACACGAUCUGUUCGUACGUUACCCAAACUCAUUGAAAAUAAUCAAGAUGUUACACCAAAACGUCUUAUUGAUCCAGAACUAUUUUAUAAUAAAGUCAAAGAUUCUUUUCUAACACAAGAUGCUUCAUCAACUCCGAGUGAAGCAGCUUAUUCAAGUGCUCAACCACAAGUUUUUUCUGCGACCAAAUCAAUGAUAGGGCUUAGCCAUGGCGGAGCACUUAAUUCACAUGGAACUGACGCAGAAAGUUUUCCAUCAGAACAAGAAACUGAUCAACUUGCUCAAAGUAUUGCCAUACAUGGAACUGAGAGAGAACAUUCAUUAAUACCAUUAGAAGAUGAAAUAAUACAACCGUUGUUAACUCUGACUGAAACAGAUACAAUAUUUAUUUUAAGUUUGGAUAGUUCUAUUGUUGCUAAUGAUUCAAAAGAUUUAGAAUUAAUUAAACAAGAAAAUGAACGAUAUGUUGAAUUGUGUAAAAGUAAACAAGGUAGUGAUGUAUUCAAUGAUCGUGGUAUGAAUACAUUUAACAGCAGUGUUAAAAAUAAAGAAGUUCAAUGUGAACGAUUAAUUUCUCAAAGCCGAGAGGCAUACGCAUCAACUGCAGAUAUGUAUGACUCAGAAAGAGGUCAAAGUAACACUAAUCUUGUUAAGAGCACUCAGAAAACACAAACAAUUGAUGACGGACUUAUGCGUGUUGAUCAAACACGUUCUUCAAGUUCUGGAGUAGAAAAAUCGCAUGGAACACGUCUUUCAGAUCAAUCAAUGGAUGAAACUAUGCGAAAGCCAAGUGCAACAAACAGCACAAGCGAUGAAACAAAAGUUCCAGAACCGUUUGAUUCAUCGAAGAUUGCUUCAUGCGUAUUUAUCAUGGAACGAGUACUUAAUUUGAAUACUAAUCAAACGAAACAAGCUAUUUAUCGAGGAUUAACGCCAUUGGCUGGCAAAGACGCAAAAGAAGUCAAUUUUACUGGUUUAGCACUCGAUAAAUUAUUUGCUUACUCUGCUGAAGUUACAAGUAACAAAAAUGUUAGCGCAUUAGGUUGGAAUCGAAAAAAUCCUGAUCUUCUCGCUGCUGGUUAUGGACCUUUCGAAUAUAAUGAUCAACGUGAUGGUUUAGUUUGUUGUUGGUGUUUAAAAAAUCAAGAAUUUCCAGAAAGAUUUUUUCAUACUCCUGCUGGUGUAACAGCUGUGGCAUUUUCAGUCAAAUUUCCAUCAUUACUAGCGGUCGGUCUGUUCGAUGGCACAGUCAAUGUAUAUGAUGUUCAAACUAAUGGUGAUAAGCCAUUGCUAGAUACAGAAGAGUCACUUGGGAAACAUACAGCACCUGUAUGGCACCUCUAUUGGGUUGAAGUCGAAAAAGGCCGUGACGAUGACACUGGCGAAGUACUUAUGUCAAUUUCCACCGAUGGCCGAGUUACUCAAUGGUUAUUACGGAAAGGUUUCGAAUCCAACGAUUAUAUGAAAUUGAAACGUAUAUUAAGUAAACAAACAGUACAAAAACGUGAGAAUGGAAAAGAUACAAAAGGUUCAAAGUCCGAAAAUUUACUUUUUCGUACUUCGGGAGGUCUCUGUUUUGAUGUCUGUCCAGAUGAUAAAACAAUAUAUUUAUGCGGAACUGAAGAAGGUCUUAUUCAUCGAUGUUCUGUAUCAUACAAUGAACAAUAUUUAGAUACGUACUCUGGGCAUACAGGUCCAGUUUAUCGUAUAGCUUGGUGUCCGCUUGCAAAAGGUGUUUUUCUAUCAUCAUCAGCUGAUUGGACAGUUUCACUUUGGACUGUUGAUAGAUUUCAACCAUGUAUUACAUUUGCAUCAAGAAAAAAACCAGUCUUUGAUAUUUGUUGGUCACCAAAAUCCGCAACCAUAUUUUGUUGUGCCAAUGAAGAAGCUGUGGAAGUAUGGGAUUUAUCAAAAAAUACACUUGAACCAAUAAAUGUCAUAUUAGCUACUCAACAAUAUAUAUUUACUUCAAUAACAUAUGCACCGAACUCUGAAUGCGUUCUUGCCGGUACAAGUAACGGUUCUGUUAUGGUAUAUCAUAUAGAAAAUCUUCCAGCACCAACUUCAGAAAGCGAACUACUAGACAUAAUCGAACAACAAACAAACAAUAUACCUCCAUUAGAAGAUACAAGUUCGUCAGUUGCUUCUCAUGCAGCAGCAAAGGAACCUGUUGUAGCAAAUAAAUGA